UCGACUCUGCACGCCUUAUCGUCACACACAGAGUCAGAUUGCGAGCAGCCAUAGACUUGCUUGCUGAAGCGAGGCAACCAGGAGGAAGACGAAAGAGAGAAAGGCCAACAAGACGCUGGCUAGUGUAGUAGCUUUUUUUUAUUUAAAAUCCAGUGUUGCUUUAUAACAAGAAAGGAUCCAUGGCGUUGGGAGACGACUCCAACCCUGCCUCUUACAUCCACACGGUGCAGCACCUGAUUGAGAGGUGCAUGACGUUCGGGAUGAGCAUGGAGGAGUGCAUGGAGGCGCUGGCCAAGCGCGCCGACGUCCAGCCCGUCGUCACCUCCACAGUGUGGAAGGAGCUGGAGAAGGAGAACAAGGAGUUCUUCGACCAGUACAAGCAGUGGAUAUCGGAGAAGAGAAGCGCGGGCCGCAGCUCCUAGCAACCAAGCUGAUCGAGCUGCUGGUCUGCUUAAUUAGUUUAAUUACUGUGUUUGUUUAGUUCUUUGGGAUUUAUUUGUUACCGUACUACUUAGGCAAUAAGAGAUAGGCAAAGGUUGGCUGGCGCUAUCGUGAUCGUGAUCUGCUGGAGUAUCGAUCGAUCAGUGUUGGGCUGGUGCUAGGUGUGUACAGACUACAGAGAGGGUAAGCAGGGGAGCUAUCAUGUGCACUUGUGCAGUAAUCUAUCUCUUCUUUCGAUUCUGUACGUCUAUUUAUGGCCGAUUCCGCUUUUCUGGACCUCGAUUCAA